AGGGUGGGUACUUUAAUAGCAUAUGUAGCUAAAGCAAAGGCUCCACACUAGCGCACAAUAACUCAAUGAUGGAAUAUUCACGUGGAACUACCAGUAACUCGGGUCGCUACGGACAUCGCAAAUCAUCGUUAGCACUCACGCCAGAGGAGGAACCAUUGGACCAAUACCCGCGCCUGGUGUCGGAUGUAAAAUUUCCCAAUCUUCUUCCACCAAACCCUUUGAUUAAGAUCCUAAUCGCCUUUUGCAAAAAUGAUCCUGUGUUUGACGCCUUGGUAAACGCGAGUCAUCGUCUUAGCUUCGAGCCCACGUUCGUCAAGUCCGCUGAAGCAGCCAUCGACGCAUUCCAUAAUCCGGUGGCUGGCGAUCAUCACAUCAUAAUCGUCGAUGCACGCUACCCCCGAAUGAUAGAGGCAGAAGCACUCGGCAGGUCUAUUCGAAAUUCGAAGGGCUGCCAACACACGACGAUGGUUGCGGUGGUGAAGAAGAGCGUAUUUGAAAAGGAUGACACGGCUGUGAUUUCUCUUCUGGAUGCUGGAUAUAACAGGUGCAUUAUCGAGUCGCCACAUGUAUCGAUUUGUUCAUCAGAGCUACGGCAAAUCCAACACUCGCUCGUUCGACCACAAAAUGUGAUAUCGACGCAACAGGCACUAUACACGGCCCUUCAUCGAUCUAGAGAAGCGAUUAUCAUUACGGACGAUACGCUCCGAGCACAGUAUGCAAACCGUGCCAGCGAACGUGUACUGAAUAUGAAAUUGGAUGAAAUUGUUGGUAGAUCACUUAGCGAUUUGGUAACGGCCGAUAUAAGCAAUAUUCUAUCUCACACCAGUAGAUAUAAGGACUAUGACGGUUACCUCACAACUCGGAGAAAGUCUCAAGAAUCAACACAAAUUCACGUCCGUGCCGUACCUGUCUCGUGCAUUGGAAGGAAUCCCACACAUUUAGUCCUAAUCCUAGAGUCGGCAUGUAAUGCUUUGGCCCCGCUAAGUACCACCAGUGAACCCUUGCAUACUUUGCCGCAGGGCAAAGAAGUGGCCCGUGGCUCCCUGCAUUCUAUCCGGCGACCCAGCUUCGACGUGCGAUCGAUCGCCUCGGAUGGACUGCGAAGGACUAGUCUGGUGAAGUUGUCCUCGUUGCCGCUCGAAGCGCCAAUCACCAAAGUAUUGAGCCUGCUGGCACAGGUUCAGGAAAACUGUUCUCUCGAUGAAGCCAAACUGCUCGACCGCGUGAUGGAGUUUCUGAAACGAGAGGGACUCUACAGUCCACAAAUGAAAGAGAUUCGUCCGGAGGAUCCGGUCGCAACUGAUCUGAUAGGGGCCCUGUUAACACAUGGUCCUACAAACAUUCUGUCGUCCCGGCGUAGCUCGAACGAUUCCAUCAUCCGUGGAGGAGGUCGACCAUCUACAGGAAGCAUCGUUUUUCACAAAACCAAAGAAUCUUCACUACUAUCCGACCUGCUACACACGGCAUUAGAUUGGGACUUUGAAAUAUUUAAAUUAGAGGAAUUUACCGAUAAACGUCCAUUAGUGUGUUUAGGAUUAGAACUAUUACGGCGGUUCGAUGUAUAUAAUACGUUCAAUUGUGACGAAAUGACCUUCAAACUAUGGCUCAUUGAGAUAGAGAAGAGCUACCACAGCCAGAACACAUAUCACAAUAGCACCCAUGCCGCGGACGUAAUGCAGGCAACGGCGGUAUAUCUGCAGCAAUUGAGCAACCGCGAGAUGAAGAUUAUGGACCGCAUGGACGAGGCGACGGCCUUAAUUGCGGCCGCAACCCAUGACAUUGACCACCCGGGCCGCUCGUCCGCUUUUCUGUGCAACUCGGAUAGCAUGUUGGCGUUACUUUAUAAUGAUAUAUGCGUGUUAGAGUCGCACCAUGCAGCCACGACGUUCCGACUUACACUCGCUGACGAUAAGAUCAACAUUUUUAAGAACCUUGAUCGAGAUAUGUACAAACUUGCCCGUUCAAUCAUCGUCGAUAUGAUCUUGGCAACGGAAAUGACGCGACACUUCGAGCAUUUGGCAAAGUUCGUAAACGUGUUCGGUACGGACGUAGAAUCGAAAGAUCCUUUACCGCCGGACAACGAUGACAACCAGAUACUUGUUCGUCGUAUGCUCAUUAAAUGUGCGGACGUCAGCAAUCCCACCCGCCCGCUUAAAUUCUGUGUGGAGUGGGCGCGCCGAAUCGCCGAGGAAUACUUUAUGCAGACUGACGAAGAGAAGCACAAAAACUUGCCGAUCGUAAUGCCGAUGUUUGAUCGCACGACCUGCAGCAUCUCGAAGAGCCAAAUCGGUUUCAUCGAGUACAUCAUUCAUGAUAUGAUGGAUGCGUGGAAUAGUUUCAUAGAAAUGCCAGAAAUUGUACGUUACAUGGAGUUCAACUAUUCACAGUGGAAACUGUUCGAAGAGCAGGGCAUCAACACGCUUAGCGACAUACAGCGGAAACAGCUGUCACUCGUAGAGGAGCUCCGCAGUACGAUCUCCCUGGAGGAGAAAUUCUAAAGCAAAUUAUGGCAGAGUGCGCAAAAAUCUUUCGUGUGCCAAACUCUAGUUUCAUACUCUGUGAAUUCGGGAACUAUCCCGAGCGUGACAAGCGCUAUAACCAAACGGAAAUAUAUGCACGUUUCGAAAAAUGAGCUAGGAGUGAAUCCAGCGCUCUUGGAGCACGGCUGGAUCAGAAAAUCUUUGGCAUGAAACAUACCAUUCUCACCACCACUCUAGCAGCAGAAUCUGAAUCGCUGGUCGUAUCAUAUAAAUUGCCCAAACAAGUACGCUUUCGCUUCAAAUCAAAUCAAAGCUGUAUUAGACCAGUGCACAACAUUUCGGAUAAAAAGGCAUUGCGUUACGUAAUUUGGCUACCAGUUUGGUUAUAACAAUGAACGAUACAGAAUUAUACUGUACAAAAUUCACCAUCGCAUUAUCUCUUACCACCACCUAUUAAAAUCAUUAUAUAUUACAUUGAAAACAGUAUAAAUUAUUGCAAAAAUAAGACUAACUAGCCGUGCUAGUAAUUUCCCGAUGGCUGGCAAUUGCAGCAAACUUACAGUCGCUCAGAAUGUUCGCCAGUUAUUGAACACAUGCGUUAUUGAAAUUCAUGAACCAAAAAAAACCAUUAAUAAAAUACAGCACUGUGUGUUGCACUGAAAAUAAGAUGAAAACGAUGGGGAGAUUCCGAUAUGAUGAUAUUGCAUAUAAAACUCAUCUAUUUCCUAACAAAAGAAAAGCGAAAAGGGCAACUAAUCGGUAUCCUGUUGCUCUGCAUUGUAGAGUUUAAUAAAAUUCGCAGACUGAAAAAUUCGAAGAGAGCUUAGGUACAAAUUAUAUGGGAAAACUGUACCACCAAUAGAGUUGAAAAAUGAUGAAUAUUCAUAUUGAUGAUUACAAUCGCAGAUGUGGCUUUUCCACAAACCUGCCUUAAGAGGUGUUAGCUACAAACCCGAAUGAAGCUGGUAUGAACAAAUGAAUUGAUCCUUUUCUUAGGAAAACAUCAGAUACGCGAUUUAUUGAUGUACCGGUACUCCUACAAAAAUAUUAAACACAACUACAAUAUUUCUUGGUAUAUGUUUACUUUGUUAGCGAAUGUUUAAACAUACAUGUAACGAAAACAUACCUUCGAAAAUAGUCUGAUGCACUUAGGCGCCUUCAUUUGUUCUAUCCACUUGGAAUUCUUAUCGGUUCCUUGCGGCUUAUUAUUUUCACAGUCACUUCUCAUUGUAUGUAUUCUCAACUUAAACAAAGUUUAUUGUUUCUCGAACCGGCGUUUUUCUACCACCGACAUGUAAUGCUUGUAAUGUGUCAAACAAAAACAUUAUUUCACGAAUUUAACUUUGCGUAUUAGGACUACCAAAAAUGGUUAACUAAGCGUUAUUUACAGAAUGUUAAAUGUUGACUAAGAUCUUUUUUACUCUAUUGUAUUUUCAGCUGCGAUAAGUAGAUUGAUACUAGCCAGAUCUAGUAAAGAAACAGUUAUUUCAACACAGACGUUCUAUGUUAUCAUGCGAUGAACGACAUCGUGUAGCAAAAAGUCACAGCGAUCGGAUACAAAUAGCCUUUUACGAUGGGGAGUAUUGCGCGGUACUAUCGCUUAUCGUUAUCCAGCCGAGCCGUAUGUUGCUGUUGACAGUAAUAAGGAUUGGUAAUAAUGGAGUAUUCUGCACGCACACUUUAGGAAGCUAUGUCUGUGUUCUUGCACGCACGCACCAUGUCAUACGAUGACCAAAUGGAGCCGUGCUUUUGAAAUGUGCCUCUUCUUUCACCGUAUCGUUUAUCUUUACAUCUUGUCUAUUCUUUACUAUAGGAAUGUGACAAAACAUACGGUACAGAAACCGCUGCCAUUUGCUUUAUAAGGUUUAUAAUUAAAAUCGAAACACUAAAAUCGGGCUAGUUGCUUAAACUAUCACUACUACAACUUCCAUUACUACUUCAAAUAUGAGAGCUGUUUUACUAGCAAGAGGAACUGGAAUAUUCACUAAUCGUGUAUAAAGUAGCAAAUACGAAUAAACAACAAUCUUCUACGCCAGGUUCAUGGCAAUCUGAUACACGGAAUGCUUUGCGCAUCCGACUACGGCUAAUUUUCAAACUACAGAACUGCUUUUCAAAUAGACAUAUACUUCCUGGUGUUUUUGGCUAUAAAGCAACAUACCAUACAUAGGUGCACUACUCUGUACAUGUGAUUUUCUGAUAUGCUGGACAUAUCGAUUUUCAAAAAUGCACCGUCACAUGUUUAUUUUAUAAGAACGCGUUUUGAAGGAUAGCUAAAUUUUUUUAAUGCCUAACGCAACCGAAGGCUCUACAUUACAAGAAAGAUAACCUAUAACAUUUCUAUGAACUUUAUGACCAGGUACCAUCAGAAACUAUGCGUCAACAACAGGGUAAAUAUCAUUUAUUUGACCAGAGCAUGCACUAUCUGCAUCUGAUUUUGUGGGCUAAUGAAGAAGUCUAAGAAAGAAACCGCAUUGAACCUUAAAAUAUCAGAAGACUUUGCAUAAGUUUUAAAUUGAAAUUGGAAAAAUAAAGGACACUAGGAUUGUUGCAAUUAUUAAAGAAAUAGUUGCAUAUUAAAUUGUACAAUAAAAUGAUGUACAUCAUUUAAAAACUAAAAAGCGGCAACGCAAUCUAAAUUAUAUAUACAGUCUAUGUCACACCGAAGACUGCAACAAAUAAAACGCAGCACGAAAAAGAUUUGUAGGAGGAGUAAACUUAUUGACAAAAUAGAUGGAUAUACUAAACGUAGAGAAAAAGAAACUAUGUACUACACAAAUAUACCUAACAAAUCAAUACGGUCUUCGAUAAACGUAUAAGUAAAACCAACAGAAUAUAUUCAUAUUUAACUUUUCAUGCUACUGCAACACUGGUACUGAACUAUACGAAACUGAACAAAUUUGGUGUUAUAGAAAAAAUAAAAACAAAUGUAAUUAAUAAAACUUCCAUUAAAAAUAUUGG